CCACUCUCUCUGGCACAUGAUCACAAUAAAUACGAUGUUGCGUCUAUUACUAUUUUUAUUUUCAUGAUUUAUAGACUUUAUUAUUAAAAAUUCUAGAUCAAAAUAAACAACAAAAACGAUAUUACAUUGUCGGAAAUAUCUUGGAUCGAUGGCAAUUGUUUUGCAGAUUCUCAAUCGUCGUUGUUGUUAAUCCAAAAUCUCUUGUAUCGAUGGUGGAGUGUGCUAUGUGGUAAUAUACCAGAAUAACAUCUACAUAUUUCACAAACUAGAUGUUGGGACUAGAAAGAACUAUUUUAUAGAGAGCAUUUGUUUGUGAUGCAAGUUCCUCAUCCACAAGGAGGAGGGGCAAUAACCCCUCUAAAUGUACCCCCGACAGGCCAUUAAGGGCCAGCCAACAAGACUCAUAAAAUGGCUUAAGAACCACUUCAUAACCCAUAAGGGGUGCCUAUUAUGGGUGACCAUUUCUUACAUCUCGCACUCACAUAUAGUGUGCAAGACCCCAGGUCUAUAUGCCUCAAUCUUGUCUAUGGGUUUUGAAUAAGAGCUUUUAGAAACUGUUUUUCUUAUACACAAUCUCAGAAGACGUGAAAUCUUAGCUACUUUUCACAAACUUAUGUCUAUCACCCUGUAGUAUGAAAAACCUCUAAUUAUGUGAUACUUAAUAAUCUAAGACAACCAGAUCAUCAUAUCUCUUAUGAGAACACUUUUCUAACAUUGUCAAUAGCGUUUAGAGAAUUCCAUUUUAUUCAGUAGGUCAUUAAUAAAAACGACUAGGUACAUUGAGGAUCUUUGAAUAGAUGGUUCGUUUAGGCCACAUGAAAACAGUGCUAGCAGCAUUCAUUCUUUUUCUGUAUCAAAAUAGUAUAAGCAACAAUCAUAUGCUCAAUAUACUUAGUGCCUAAACAUUUAUUAAAAAAAAAUAAACAUCUAAUUCUCCUGCGAGAGUCAACUGUUUGACUCAUUCAAGAAAAUUUCAAUAAAUGUAUAAUCAAUAGUUAUCUAAAUGCAACUCAAUUAGUGCCAAGAGAUGAAUCUAUACCUCUAUCAGCCUCACUUUUCCUUUGUCAAUCAGAUCAAGGACCUCAGUUGAACCGAAAUGAAUAUAAAAUUCUAUGUUGGGGUUCCUAGUAUGUGAAUUUAGUACCUUUAGCAUAGCCAUAUUACAAAUGUUCUCUUCUAGCCUCUAAAAGACAAGAGAAUACUAAUAUAUAGCUAUUACACUUUUUACGAAGAUCUUUAUAUUCUAUGAAUUUUGGAAGUCACUAUCACUAAUGGCACACCAUCACUUAAAUAUAUCCUCACACUAGUUGUUGAAUUACUCCCACUAUUUUCAGCUAUCUUUUUUAAAAAAAGGUUUUGAAAAUAUUAAGGUUAAAGUAAUGUGUAAUGAAACGUUCUUUUCAAAAAACAAAUGUUACAAAAAAUCUACAAUUCCCCACCUUCACUGAAAAUACAAGUAGUUUUCUUGACUCAAACAAAAAAUGAUCAAAUUUAGAUCCUCUAGAUUUUUAAUAGAAUUCGUGUUUGUACAAAAUAGUCACUCAAUGUUUCUAAAAGGUGAAUAAACUUGAUAUAAGGACGAUAAGUCAGAAUUAAGGCUGCAACUCCAUAUUACAUCAACCCAAGUUGGAUGUAACAAUUGCUUUGCGCCAUAAUUCAUUUAUAAAUAUAUUCUCAACAAGUCAUUAAACUGCGAGAUAAUUAUUUUUAUCAUAUAACUCAUACGAUUGUGAUUUUGAAAAAAUAUUUUAACUGAAUAAUAUAUUUUCCUUAAAAAAGAUUUGGAAUCGCAUAUAUAUGGUGAAACAAUAUUUUUAUUAUUCAAUAUCCUUAAUGUACAUGUAUAGGAACUUUUACGUAGAAAUUGUUCACAUAUUGUCUUUUCUCUUUGACUCUUCUAAAUAAAGGAGAUGGAUCACAUUAGUGAGAAAACCUUCAAUUUCUCAAACUUCACACCCAUCUUCCUAUGCCUCAACAACACAUUUUAGUAUACCAUCUCUCCAUUCGAGAAAUAAUAUCACUGAGUCAAUGAGUGACCAUAUAGCUCCUAAACCUCUAGCAAUUCUCCCUAACAUCGCUAUUUGCAAUAAGUCUUAAAUCAAAUUGGGUAUAAAAUCAAAUUGGGUAUAGACUUCUCCAAUAUCACGUUAAAAGCAUCAAAAACAUCUCUUUGUGUAAUAAAAUAAUAAUUCAUUUAUAUAAAUAUAUUCACAAUAAACAAAAAUCUAGAAAAUUUAUAACAUAAAAUUUAAUGCCUAACAAAUGCGAGGAAAUAUAUCAUAAUAUCAUGGUAUACAUAUAUAUUCAAUAACCAUAAUCACAUGCAAAUGUGCCACAAUGACACACUGACUUAAAUAAAAUCAAAAAGCUCAUUAACAAUAAGCUCUAGCCCAAUAGUUGAUCUCAUCACCCUUCUGUGUAGGGUCUUGGUUCAAAACACCACAAAAACAUUUACCUAAUUUUAUUAUUUUAACAAUUUCCAGUGUAACGGGGCCUGCCACAGUGGGUUGCACCCCAAAUGCAAAGAAGGCCUUUGCCUACCUUUGCCUACUGGGCUCGCUUAAAGGCAUGUUUCUUUAUAGAAAAAAUUAUUUGACUAUUUGCUUUAUAAAAAACGUGAAAAUGAUAUGGGCUGGAUUUAACACAAAUAUCAUUAAAAAAAUUGCCCAAAAACGAUUCAGCACAAAUAAAAAAUUGCUUUGGGCCCAAAGAUGAUUUUCAAACAAACCCAAGCCCGUUUCAUUUUGUAGCCCCAGCCUAAAUCCAUUUUUUUUAAUUAAAAUAGAUGGAUUUUGCUAAAACAAAAUUUACAGUGGCUAGGCCGAAAAAAUAAAAAAUAAACCCAACCAUUUGAGUCUAGAUCCAUUUUCCAGCCCAGCUGUUUGUUAAAAGACAAAAAUUGUUCUUCUUCAUCCUCCCCAACGGUUACAGCCUACAGUGGUUGUAACGGAAGAGAAAAAGAAAAAAUCAUGUAACGCUGCCACCCAAGAAUUCCGUGCCACCCUUCAAGCUCAAGGGUAGUCAUGAAGCUUGUCGUGCUCCUCUGCGCGCACUCGCAGCACCACCAUGGUGCUGCGCUGCUCUGUGCACAGCAAAGGAUAGUGCUUUUGUUGAGAAAUGCACAACUCUACUUGCAACAUAGCACGUUGAUCUCUAUGGGUUGAGUUUCGCUCAAGUCUACUGUUGCACGAGACUCGAUCGAUGAUCAUGGGUUGAGAUUCGUUUGAGCUCACUGUCGAGCACAACUCAAGCGAACGCACAUGUUGAUUUGGGACAAUUUUGUGCACUUCUCAGAAUUUUGGUCAUAACUUUAGCUAUGGUUAUUGGAAACGUGCAUAUGAACUUAAUUCGGAAAGCUCUUUUCGGAACAUACACCAUAAUCACUAGUUGUGCUCAAUUUGCAUAUUUUCAAGAUCAAAAUCUAUUGUUUUCCCCUCCAAAUCCUUAAUUUUAGAUUUUUUUUUUUUAGUUUUUUCACAUUUUUUAAACAUCUUUAAAUAUUUAUUUUUAAAAAAAAAAUUCUAAUUUAUUAGUACUCACUUCCUAAAUUAUUAAGUUAAAAAAAGAAAAGAAAAAAAAAUUAAAUGCAUGAGCGGUCAAAAUGAUGAGAACAAAAUUAGAGCGUGCCCCCUUAUACUAAACCCACUUUUUUAUUUUCUUUUUCUUUUCCUUUUUCAUAUUUUUUAAACAUCUUAUAUUAUUUUUUAAAAAAUAAAAAUAAUACCAAACUAAUACAAAAUUAAAAUUAAAAAUUUAAAAAUACUUAAAUAGUUAAAAUGAAGGAGAUAAAAUGAGGGACCUAGUGGCAUUUUCCUACUAACUAAACAUAUUUUGCUUCAAUUUAUAUAACAUGGCACGUGGGGAUUGCUGCCAAAAUAUCAACCUUGUUGUGAUGGGUGGGCUAAUUUCGCACCGAGGGAAAAGUUGGGAUCACUGUGGUGUAAUUUACGGAUUCCAUCUAAUCAAGUGCUACAACUAGCUCCCUUCAUAUCAGAAACAAGAACACGGAGGUCCCAAACCCAGUGUGUGCGAGGUGAUAGGUCCCAACUCAGAAAUUACAAAAGUAAAUAACAAGUUCUCUUUGGGUGAGAAAGUACCGCAAGGUUUGAAUAAGAUUUUUCAUACCUUUCAUUGAUAACGACGGCUAUUUUAAAUAUGCAAAACCUGGUACAACAAAUCUGAAAUACAAGCAAACUGGGAACGGAAACACACGUAAAGUAGAUCAUGCGACUUACGUAAAAUAAACAAACUAACACGUAAAAUAAACAAACUAACAGAAAUACAUAAACGAUGUAAAAUGUGCAACUGCAAAUGACCCAGUCCACACCGUUGCACCCCGUUCCUUCUUCACGUGCCAUUAACUCCUUCACGUCCACCUGCAUGCCGCAUGCAACGGCAAUUUACGUUCCCUUUUAUCCCAAGUAUUUGGGAUUCGGCCAAGGAGCUCUGGCUGACCUUCGUGGUCUAUCAAGGCUUGCUAGUCCAUUCCAAACCCUUGGUUGGCCAAAAUCCACUAAUCAGCCACUGCUCAAAGGAACGAAAAAGCUUCUUCGUGUGGCCAACAUCAAGCUUUUAGGACCCUUCUCAGAUACACGAGAGGUAUUAUUCACAAUCCCUAUUCGGUACCCAUUAUUUUUUCCAAGCAUGCAUGAACGAAGAAGAUGAUGGAGGGCGGUUCCUUGGAUUGUUGGAUGACAUGCACAAAUCUCACAAUGGUUUUAGUUUUGUAUUUUUUUCUCCAGAUGUUGUGCGUAUUGUAGAUUCAUGGGUUGAUUUUGAAUCUUGAUAGUUGUUAUUGUUGAAUAUUCAACCGCAAAAAUACUUUACUUUCACUGAUCGAAGCAAACGUGCUGCUUAAGCACUUUCUGUUCUCAUGCAAUUUUUUUUAGUUUUAAGGAAAGAUUUAGGUGAAAAAAAACCUGCUUGUCCAACAUUGUCCAUAUAGGCUUAAAAAUAAAUAUGUUGUUUGAAAUGAUUGUUCUUUGCAAAAAUCAUCAUGCUUGUUAAUUUCAAAAAUCGUAUGCUUGGUUGCUUAAAAUGAUUGUUCUUUUCAAAAAUCAUUAUGCUAAUGUUUAUUUAUUCGAAAGGCUGUCUUUUUAAGGAUACUUAUAUUUAUUCAGAUAUAAUAAUUAUGCUAAUAUUUAUCUAAACCCACUAUUAGAUUUGCCGAUACAACUUGGUCACAGUAGACAAUUAGCAUGACAAUAUGUAGACAAAUUAGGUCUGCUCUUAGUGUUAUUAUAGGCAGAUGAAGACCUAUUUUCUUCAUUAAUUAAAUUGAACACUUGGAGUUAAGUUGAGUUGAAAAUAUUAAAGUAGGCAAUAAGUUAAACACUACCUGCAUAUGGUGUAUUUGGGUGGGAAAGCUCCAUCAGAAAUUGAAAACUGAAUAGACAUUAGAGGAGCUCAAAACUUUUUAUUUUUAUUUAUUUUUAUUUUUUUCAAUACUGUCUUCCUUUGGACAACCUCUAUAGACUCUAGUGGGCUAACUUUUCAUGAUGUUUUCAUAUAUAGAUAAGUGAUUCUAUACAUCAUGUGCACUUCAAUGUGCUUUUCAAUGAUUAUAACUGAGAUGAACCUAUGUUUAUCUAAGAAGGCACUUCUUUGAGAUGCAAUAUGCUCGAAAAUUAACAAUUUAUGCCCCCUAUUACGUUGCUCAACGGACUGACCUAGCAUUCUCAACACAAUUAUCAAUGCAAAGUCUCUGUAUACAACAUCUGCAAGUCUUUGAAGAACACAAAAGAAAAGACAUACAGAGAAUUUUCACUGUCGCGUGAGACUUGAUCAAAAUCACGGGCUGAGUUUUGCUCGAGCCCACUGUUGCAUGAGACUUAAUCAAUGAUCAUGGGUUGAGAUUCACUCAAGCCCAUUGUCAAGCGCAGCUCGAGCAAAUGUACAUUUUGAUUUGGGGCAAUUUUGUACACUUGUUGAUAUUUUGGCCAUAACUUUGGCUAGGGUUAGUGAACGCAACAAGGCGCAUUGAUCUUCAUGGUGCAAGCCAUGGCAGUGCUACCCCACACAGCAUAGUGUGCAAUGAUACUCCUCCUUCGACUGUGCUACAGACUGCGAUGCUAGCAGCGUCUUCAUGGUUGUGCAUGCAACUGAGCUAGUCACAUUGAGGUGUUCGUCGCACCUCUAGGUGAAGCCGUCAUGGGCUACGGUCCUCCAUGAAAAAAGCUACUACUAUCCCUGGUGUCUAACAAUGAUUGCCGCAGCACCCUGGGCAGGCGCAAUGUCGUUGGCUACAUUGCUCUCAUGCGCAGCACUGUGCAUGACAAUGCUAGUUGAUGCACCACCCUCCACAGAGAGAUGCAACCGAGACGUGCACAGCAUCAUUGAAAAGCACUUCAGCCACCGUUAUUUCUUGUCCUACUAUAGUGCCACCAUUUGCAACAGAGCAUGUAGCUCUGCACGCGGCCCUACAAAUGGAUCUCCCCCUAGUAGAUCAACCUGCUGCACCACCACAAUGCAUGGCUCUACACGAGGUGCUCGCAUCAUUGUCGUACUCUCGAGGGUGCACCUUGCCCAGCAGCAAUUCCCUCACUGCAACACACCGUUUUGUGGCAUCGCGACAAUAUCUGGUCAUCUACCAAACCUCGUUCAAACCAUUGGGAUUACGAAGUUUUCCUAAGUUUUAGAGGUGCAGACACCCGUAAGAAUUUUACUGAUCACCUCUAUUCUGCCUUGAUGCGAACUGGAAUUCGGACAUUUUGCGAUGAUAAUGAGCUUCCAAGAGGGGAGAAUAUAUCCAAGGAACUAAUCAAUGUAAUCCAUGGGUCAAGGACUUCCCUUGUAAUUUUCUCCAAAGAUUAUGCCUCUUCUAGUUGGUGCCUUGAUGAGCUUGUUCAGAUCCUUCAUUGCAAAAGUACCAUGAACCACAUUUUUAUCCCAAUAUUUUACCACGUGAAUCCCUCUGAUAUGCGAAAGCAAACUGGGACUUUUGCGGAAACAUUUGAUAGACUUGAAGAGAGAUUUCAAGAAGAUAUGGAAAGGGUGCAACGAUGGAGAGCGGCUUUCACUGAAGCUGCGGAUUGUUCUGGCUACGACCUCCAGGGCGAUGCAAAUGGGUUUGAAGCAAGGUUCAUCGAGAAGAUUGUUGAACAAGUUUUGUAUAAAUUGAACCCCAUUUGCUUGGAUGUUGUCAAGCACCCAGUAGGAAUAGAUUUUCAUGUUGAAGAGAUGAAAACUUUAUUACAACUUGGAACAAGUACUACUACUGAACUUCUCAUCAUGGGUAUGUAUGGGAUGGGUGGAAUCGGUAAGACAACCUUAGCUAAAGCUGUCUAUAACCAUAUAUGCAACGGGUUUGAAGGAAGCAGUUGUCUUUUAAAUGUUAGAGAAGUUUCAGAAAAAUCCAAUGGUCUAAUUCAGUUACAAGAACAACUUCUUUUUGAUAUCUUGAAAGUGAAAAUAUUGCCGAUCGGUAAUGUUGACAAAGGAAUCAGUUUGAUUAAACAAAGACUUCACCAAAAAAGAGUUCUUGUUGUUCUUGAUGAUGUGGAUCGACUCGAUCAAAUAUAUACGUUAGCCAAAAAUGGUGAAUGGUUUUUUGGUCCCGGAAGUAGAGUCAUUAUAACAACCAGAGAUGAACACUUGCUGGUUAAACUAGGAGUAAAUUACUCCUACAAAGUUGAAAAAAUGAAUCAUUCAGAUUCUCUUCAACUUUUUAGUUGGCAUGCCUUCAACAUGCCCCAUCCAGAAGAUGACUUUCGGGAGAUUUCCAUUGCUGCAGUGGAUUAUGCUGGUGGGCUUCCAUUAGCACUAGAAGUUUUAGGUUCUGAUUUGCGGGGAAGAAGCAUUACUAAAUGGAAAACUACAUUGGAAAAAUUUAGAAAGAGUCCAGAUGCCCAAAUUCAGGAAAUACUUGGAAUAAGUUUCAAAUCACUAGACCAUGCUACAAGGGAGGUGUUUCUAGAUAUUGCAUGUUUUUUUACAGGUGUCAACAUAGAAUACGUCUUCAAAAUACUAGAGGAAUGUGGAUUUUUUCCAGAUAUUGCUAUCAAUAUUCUCAUUCAAAAGUCUCUGGUGAAAAUUGAUUAUCCCAAUUUGAGUAUGCAUGAUCUUAUUCGAGAUAUGGGAAGGGAGAUUGUUCGUCAAGAGUCACGUCAUCCAGGAAUACGUAGUAGAUUGUGGUCUCACGAAGAUGUGUUGAAAGUACUAAAAAACCAUAUGGGAUCAGAAGUAGUGGAGGGCCUCAGCCUAAAUCCACCCAUACAUGAUCAAGACCAAGUCAUAUCUUUGGAAUCUGAAGCAUUUGCAAACAUGAAGAAUUUGAGAUUGCUUCAAAUCAAGGGUGUAAAAAAUUUAAAACUCAAAGGAUGCAUUGAGCAUCUUUCCAAAGAGCUAAGAUGGAUUUGCUGGCAUAACUGUCCCUUGAGAUUUCUUCCGCCAAGACUUUAUCUUGAAAAUCUUGUUGUGCUUGACAUGCAGUAUAGCAAAAUCAAACAAGUCUGGAAGUUGGAGAAUAAUGUACUUAGCAAGUUGAAAGUUCUAAAUCUCAGUUUUUGUGAAGAUCUCACCAAAUCACCGAACUUCUUACAAGUCCCAAAUCUAGAGGAACUAAUACUUGAAGGUUGCACAAGCUUAGUAGAGCUGCAUGACUCUAUUGGAUAUAUAAAAGGACUUGUUUUACUGAAUUUGAACGGAUGCACUAGCCUUAUGAGUCUUCCGAAAAGCAUUUCUAACUUAAAAUCUCUCAAAAUUUUUCACAUGGGUCGCUGCUUCAAUAUGCGGAACUUCACAGACAGAACUACUAUUAUCGUACCAAAUAGAUCUUGGAAUCUCGGAAAUUUCCUAAGGGUUUCCCUUCAUCUUUUUAGGUCUUUGGUAAAAAUAGGUCUCAGUAACAGCAAUUUAUUGGAAGGUGACUUUCCCAUUGAUUUUGGGGGCUUAUCUUUACUCCAAGAUUUGGAUUUAUCUGUCAACAAUUUUCGUGAUCUCCCUCAUAGCAUCUGUCACCUUCCCAAAUUAGCCCGUUUAAAUUUAGCUGAGUCUAGAUCCAUUCGGUCAAUUUCAACUCUCCCUACAAAUUUACGGAUCUUAUUUGCAUUUGGCUGCGAAUCACUAGAAAGAAUCUCAAUUUCGGAGUCCCGAUUGGAUGCACUUGUGCUUGCGGGCAGCUACAAACUAGUUGACAUUCAAGGCUUUGAGAAUUUGGCAUUUACAAAAGCGGUUAGCCUGGAAGGAUGCCUGGAACAAGAAGAAGAAAUUGAUUUUGUGAAGAGUCUUCUCGAGCUCCAGAAAUGGAAGUGGCCGUAUAUGAUUGAGAGGCGUCAGAUAUACUUGUAUGGUGACGAGAUUCCAAAUUGGUUCAGUCAUAAGAGAAUAGGGUCUUCCAUUUCCUUUCAUAUACCUUCACUUUCAGAUCAAGACAGAAUGAUUAAAGGAUUAGUAUUUGGAGUUGUUUGUAGAAAUAAGGACAAUCUGCAUGCGUGGCACGGUGAAAUUAGCGUGGUAUUCCAUAAUAAAACAAAAGGCCACAGACAAGUUAUUCAUCGAUUAUUCUAUUACAAGCCGAUAGGGUCUGUGAAUCAUUUAGUUUUGCUUCAGGUGGGAUUGGGUGGAGGUAGUAAAAUCCCAUAUGGUCAGGAGAUGACAAAUGGCGAGGAAAUCGAGGUGUCCUUCGAGUUCGAGUGUUCACAGGCUCUAGAGUACGUUGGAGUGAAGGAGUGUGGAGUUCAUCUCAUCAUUCAGCGUGAGGAGGAGGCCGGUUCAAUGGUCAUGUACAGUGAAAAGAAAAAGAAAAUGAUGGAAGAUGAUUUGAUGCUGGACACUCCUGUUACAAAGCUAACAAGACACAGACCUCAUAAUCCACCGAAGGUCUGGGAAUAUGAUGGGAUCGUUCCUUUCGUGUCCUAUAUAGAACGUAACACAAGUACUUUUGCUCUUCUCCACUCUCUCGGGUAAUUAUUUAUGUCCUAUAGUAAAUAGUGAUUGGGCUUGGAUUUAUUGGGCCGACUGUUACUCUAUGACGGAAAGCUAAUUUUAAGUUAAUUUUAAAAUAAAAAUAAUAUUAAAAAAAUUAGAUUUAAAUAAUUUUUUAACUUUGUAAUAUUUUUAAUAUUCAACAUUUUCUCUUUCAUUUUUCAAAAUUUAAUAAAAUAUUUUAACUUAAAUUAUUUUACCUACUAUUUAUCUAUAAAUAUUGAGAUACUUCAAAUGUCAAAACGAGCUUUUAGUAUGUGCUUAAAAGUAUUUCAAAGGGCUUUUACUAUAGGUGCGAAGCGACAUAUUCGAUACAAGGUUAGGACAUAUAAGUCUCUCAUAAAUCAUUUUAGAAAGGGUGAAAUUUUUCUCAGAUUGCUCUUGCUUUUUGUUCAAAAAAUUUGCACAAAACUUACAUGUAGAAGAAAUUGUCAGCAAUGUUCCAAGAAGUCAACUAUGUAUACUAAGGAAAUGGAGGAGGACAUCAUGGGAUAUAAUCCUCCACACCAAUAGACUAGUUGUUGUGUUUAUUUGUACAUGGUUAAUUUGCUGCAAACUAUUUUAGAAUUGUAAUAUAAUUUUAGCUUUCCUUGUAUAAGUCCACCGAGGCUACUCUGUAACAUUGUUAUAUAUGGAAUACAAUACACCUCUCUAUCUCAUCUUGUGAGAUAGAAUUUCUAAAAA